GUCGUUUCUGUAGCGUUUUUUUGCUUUUCGUUUGAAAUGCUAGAGCUCCUUCAGAUUAUAGGUCCGCUGACCAUUGGUUGCUACAUUUACAACAUAUUCACGAUUUCGACGUAGUAGCUGUCGUGCAAGUAGUGACUAUCAACAGUUUCAAUUACGACCUUUGAUGUGUGCAGUAUGAGUACAACGGAAACGCGUAUUGUUUCUUAACAGUCUAUUUUGAGCUUUUACACCUUAACUUUGAUUGCAAAACCACCACCAGGAAAAGGAAAAGCCACCAACAUGGGUAUCAAGCAGCUCCACAAGCUUUUGCGUCCGUUGGCGCAAACGCAGUACAAAAUUGACGAGUCUUGGCGAAAAAAAAGAAUCGGCGUGGACGCGAUGUUAUGCAGUGCAAAAGUAUCGUACACGUACUCGUAUAAAUGCAUUACAAAUAAUUUCCUCAGCAUGAGAAAUAGAAUUUGUAUAUGCUGAUUUACCUUAAGGACAAGAUUUGUAAUGCAUGAUUGCAAUACGAGUGCGAUGCUUUUGCACGGGAUAGAUGUGCUGGAUGCACAGAGGGGCAGUUUCCUGUGCGUAUGAAUUGAUCGUCGGAAUUGACACGGACCGAUUUGUGAAAUUCUUCGUCGACAUGGUGUUCUGCUUACUCUUCAACGGCUGCAUCCCUUUCAUCGUGUUCGACGGCUGCGAUUUACCGGCGAAACAGGAGGAGUCCGACAUUCGGAAGAAGGUGCGAAAUGAAGCCAGGGAGAAAGUGUUGGAAAACGCGAGAAAUCUGCCCGGGGACGCGGCCAGGUAAGACUAGGAGGUUGUGGUUUUGCAAACUGUAAGUUAUCGGUGUCACCAGCAAGUCUGUCUUGCAGAGAUGCUCUGGUGCUUUCCAGACUUCAGUCAGAUGUGUUUUCAUUUUAUUCGAACGCCAUUUUUCAUGCGAAAGACCUUUUAUCAGGUUCGACACCGCCACCAACAAGUUCGCGCAGCAGGGGAUCAGAAUUACCGUGGACAUGAUAGAGCGGAUCAUCGCUGCUCUACGGGUAUCCUGUGCAAAAGUAUCGUACUAAUUGCGUUUAUGCAUUACAAAUCUUUUUGAUAAGGCAAAUCCGCAUUACAAAUUCAAUUUGUAGGUAAUGCUAAGUCAAUUUGUAAUGCAAUUUCUACUAGUACAAGUACGAUGCUUUUGCAUUUCAUAACGGGAACUCAAAGUGGAUUUCAUCGUCGCACCGUACGAAGCGGAUGCACAACUCGCCUACAUGUGCCGAACCGGCUUUCUACACGCGGUCAUUUCCGAAGAUAGCGAUCUCUUCGUCUACGGUUGCCCGCGGGUGUUGUGUAAGAUGGAUAAAUACGGGGUGGGUGAUCUCUUCGAGAUGGACACGAUUCUUGGCAAAGGGAAUAAUCGGGAAGUACCAGAGGGGACGGCGAAAUCCGUGCAGAAGCUGUUCGGGACGAGAGGUGGCGGUGCUGGUGUAACGGCAGUGGCAGACGGUGACGGCACAGCUGGUGGGAACCACGGCAAGAACAACAGCAGCACAGAAGAGGAAAACCAGAACCAGAACGCGGAAGGAAAAACUACUGUCGCAGCGGCUCCGCCGGUUAAAGAGAAAGUGACAGAUCAACUCGAUUUGGACGACGAGUUGGAUGCAUUAUUUGACGAUGAGGACGACGACGAAGCAGCUGCAGAAGAACCGCAAGACGAUGACGAAGAGGGAGCUGCGGGGGAAGGCAGAGCGAAAAAAGGCAACAAAGGAUCGAAACCAGCGGCCAAGAAAAGAAUAUCGAAGAAGCCGCCGAAAGAAAAGGAGCCCGCAUUUGACGUGGUGGCGGAAUAUGAGCAGCUGAAAGAGUAUGCAUUGCAAAUAUGUCUGGGUCUGGACGAGUGGAAAUUUGUCGUGCUUGUCUCACAUAACUCUUGGACUUGUAAUGCGUGAGCAGGAUGAAAAGAGCCUCUUGCAAGUCUUGCAAAAAUGAAGUUUCUCAUGCAGAAAGCGAAACGCGAAGGAGCCAAGAAGCUUGUCAUGCGUGGCUGCCUAUUGCAGUGUCCCCAGAAUUGAUAAAUUAGCAUCACAAGUUCCCAGACCCAGACGUAUUUGCAUUUGAUAAAGAGGAGAGAAUUAUCGAGAAAGUGAUAGACGGAACCUGGGUUAAGGCGAAGGAGGAUAUUGGUGAACAAGAGCUGCCAGAAAAUGGCACCACUAGUGCAGGAGCAGCAAAGGAAAACGGUGCGGAUGUUAGCGGGACUGCAGGCGCGAAGACUUUUACAGCUGAUGGACUGGCAGCUGUAGCCGAGAGCGAUCCUUCCAAACUUGUUCUUCACGAAACGGAUGAUCUGCUUGGGAAUAGCGCAGACGCAGAGGAGGUGAUCAUCUCUGCUACAGAAAAUAACCAAAAGACCGAUGGUUCAACACGAAACACGGCAAAACCCACACCAAAACAACCAGCGACCGGUUUCGAUGACAUCGAGUGCAGUGAUAUCCACAGUAAAUUUCCCGUACACGUACAAAUGCGGUCUCUGCAUGGCAAAACUUGUCUUCUUUCCUAGUUUAGCGUGACAAGUUUUACACUCCCAAUUGGUGAAAUUUGUGAUGCAUCGUGUACAUGUACGGGAAAUUUGUACAGCAUAAGUGACUACGAAGAGGAAAUGCGGGAGAGGGAAAAGAAAAGCCACGCUUUGAAGAACCCAGCACCCGCUCCUGCUGUACCUGUACCUGCUGUCGUGAAAAUCAAGCAAGAGGCACCGCCUGAUAGCGAAGUGAUUGACCUCUGCAGCUCGCAGGAGAUAGAGAAAGACGACGUAGUGAACAUCACGAAAGCGACAGGAUCCUCGUCUAGCAGCUCCUCGGCUUCCUCUUCUAGCAACGUGGAUAAAUUACAACCGCGAGACGAGCAAGAGACGCAGGACAGCGCAAAGAACAACUCUUCAAGCUCUGCGGGGGCGGCUGCAGAGUUGUUGCACCAGACUAGUAGCAAGAGGACCACUACGACGACCUCAGAAGUGGAAAAAAACGACGAUCAGGAAGUCAUCGAGCUCGAAGAUUCGGAUGAAGAAGGUGGAGAUCAAGUAGCACCAGCACAAGACGAUACUCUUGUCAAUGCCGAGCAGCAAGACAACCCUCCUUCGUCCGCUCUCAAUACGACGACCAGUAGUGUUUUCGACCUGAUAAACGCCGAGGAGGACGCGAAAAAAGGCAAGAAAGGCCGUGGAAAAAAGAAAAAGGAACCAAAACCGAAGAAGGAACCGAAGCAGCCAAAUUGUAAAUCAGGCAAGAAAAACUCGGUCGUGGUGAAGAAAGACAACGACAAGGAACUACCACCGAAACAGCAAAAACCAUCGAAAAAGCCGAAAGUAAUCAACCCGGUUCCGAAUUUGAAAUUCGACAUCGCUUUGUUGAAAUAUUGGUCCCCAGAAAUGUUCCGGAUUUUCGCGGUGCUCUGUGGUUGCGAUUACAACCCGCAUUUGCACGUUGCGAAACUGGCGAUCGCGACCGCGGCAAAAUUGGUCCACUGCUACAAGGAGAGGACGCUAGAUGCCGUCGUGAAGAAGUUCACGCUGCCCUGCGAACCCUUAGACUACGUGAGAAAUUUCCACUUGUCGUUAUCCGUGUUCCGGCACCACAUCGUAUACGACACGAAGAAGGGUGAGGUUUUGUUCUUCUCCGACGCGUUGAAGCGGAUAAAAAGACUGCAAAUCGCGCAGACGGACCCCGAUAUGCUGUUGGAGUUGACCGCUUGCACGAAAGAACGGGCUUGUGGGACGCUGGAGAAAAUCGCGCCGGACGUGAUGCCGAAGCUGUGCCGGGGUGAGGUUCGCCCGAAGGACUUCACGGCUAGGCCGAAGGACCCGCUGAACCCGAAAGAGCGGCAGAUGCUGAAGUUCGCGCGGGAGAGAAGACAGAAGGAUCUGAUGCGCGACGCGCGGGAGGAACGGCAUCGGCAAGCGAUGGCCGGGGCAACGGAUAGCGGACAGGCGGUGGCGGGAAUGAAUAAUGUCGCGCUGCCACCCGGGAUACCAAACCAGUUUGCGUACACACCACCGGGACAGCGAGGCAUUGACGGUAUACAAGAAAACCAGUAUUGUCAUUGGUUAAGUAGUUGUACCUCCCUCUGUGAGCACAUUAUACACAGUUCUUGUCGUGUUUCCUUUGUUUUCACAUUGCGGCUACCUUCGUCGAGAUCAGUGGUAUGUUUAUUCUUAUUUGACUGACAAAACAAUAAAUUUCAGCCCCCGCAGAGUAUCUCACCCCUCCCGCGGGGCGGAGUCAGUUUCAAGACCCCGUGCAUUUGACCUUCGACAACGACAACCAGACGCAGAUUGACCUGCAGAAACACACCCUGAACGAAAUGGACCGGCUCCGGGAGCAGCGGAAACGGGAUCGGGAGGAACAGAGACGGGAACAAGAGGAAAUGGAGUUCAUAAUGGACCACGCAAACGAGCGGGCAGAGCAAGGGGAGGAAGCAGAGGAACAAGGAGGGUUCUUUGCUGAAGAAUUACAGCCUGGAGUCGUAGUGCCACAGGCCUCUGUUUCCGCUACGAGCAGUGGCUUCAGCUAUGGCGCCUCCACCAUUGCUGAUAAAGAAAAUCAGAAUCUGAACAACCAAUCUGGGUUCAACCACCAGGAGCAGGCUGCGCUGUACUUCCAAAACCAGCAAACAAAUCUUGGAUCGGAGAAAGAGGAACCGACGCCAAGUGUAAUCGGCUUCCAACAUGAUCUUCAUCAAGGUGCAGGAGUAGAAGCCCGCCAAGGAGCAGUUGAUGUAACCAAUCGAUCCGGACAGAGGCAACAAGACGAGGUUCAAAUUUCAGUAAAUUUCAACGAUCAGUACGCCCAACCCCCCGCAUUGAAAGUUCAACGCGGGAACCCGUUUAGGAGAAGAGGCGCACCACAGCCAAGACAAGGUCCUGCAGCAGGCGGUGAUAAUGCGGCGAACAUUGCUGCGCAGCAAAUGCAGACGGGAAACCAGCAAAAUAGUGGUGUGGUGGACAACAUGCGGCUAGGUGGCGGGAUUCCUGGAAUUCCUGACGGUAUUAAGAGCGGUGGUAAUGUGACAGCAGGCGGGAGUAGCACAAACCACAUGGCCGCGUUCGCAACGAAUUUCGGGCAGGAUCCAAGGAAGUACGCGAUUGAAAAGCCGAAUCCCGGCGCUGCGAAGUUUCACAAAAAACACAAUCCCAUGGGAGGAAUGCACUUUUGAGUUUGAUGAUAACGUUAACGGCACUCAUGAUACAUAGACUUGCAAAGCUGAAAGCAUUGUGUGUGUGAAAGAGCUACAUGACAUAGAACUUCGAACUACAGUGUAGCCGUGCAUCUCCUCGAACUCGAAAGAAACGUAAAGUAAUGUGAAGUCAGAAAAGCCAACUUCCCUGCGACGGUAGUGAUGGCGAGCAUAUUUUUCUUCCUAGUCGCGCUGUGUUCGAUCUUCUUGGUCUUGGUUGUAACUUCUUUCGCGCGCGUUUCUAAACUUGCCUUGGCGACUCCAUCUC